AUGAAUUCAGUGGUCUCCCAGAUGAGAUCACAAGUUGUCGCAGAAUGCAUUCAACACGUGGCAGCAACUGUCGGACAAUGUGAAGCACAAGAAAUUAAUCCGAUUGUUGGACGAAUAAUUGGUGAAGUGAAAGAAGAAAACUAUGUUGUUGACCUGAAUAUAUCCUCCAAAAUGGUGAAAGUUAUCAAGAAAAACAGACUUAUUCAACGUCAUCCGAUAACUUAUUUCUCAUUUGGAUGCCGUGGAAGAGGAGAAAACUCAAAUAUGUUUGGAUACAUUGCAAAGAAUAAAGAUGGAACUGAUAGAAGAUGUCAUGUUUUAUCAAGUAAAGAUGCUCAGAAGUUAGUCGAUACUUUGAUCGCAGCGAUUAAUGUGAGCAUGACUGAUACUCGAGGGACACCAUCGACUUCAAGCACUCCAAGUGACGAUGGAUUUGUGAAACCAGAAGUGCCUGCGGAGGGAAGAAUUGUUAAUUUGGUUCGUCAGUCUCCCGUUGGAAGUCAUAGACAAGUUUCGGAUGAUGUUGUUGGAAAAGUAUGGUUUCAUGGCCAUUUGUCAAGAGAUGAUGCACAAAGCUUGUUGACAACGGCUGGAGACUUUUUAGUACGACAAAGUGACCACACUUCUGGAAAGUUUGUGCUGAGUGGUUUGACAACUGAUGGAGAUCACAAACAUUUGAUACUAUUAGAUCAUCAAAUGAGAGUCCGUACUCGUGAUCAUGAGUUUAACAACAUAACUGAACUAAUCGACUAUCACAUGACUAAUGGAAUAGCUGUUCGGACAGAGAGGAACGCCAAGGAUCAAAGGGAAACAUCAAUUAUGUUACUACGACCCGUACCAGCUCCUGCGGAAGUCCCACCUUCUCCAGAAUCACCGAAUUAA